AUGGCGGAAACAGGUCUAAUUUCUUCAGGAUCGCCGCCGCCGCGGCAGCGAUCCACUCAGGACAGGGUCUAUUCGGGACUAGGGAACAUGAUCAAGAUGCUCCCGACGGGCACCGUGUUCAUGUUCCAGUUCCUGAACCCCGUCCUAUCGAACAACGGCAAAUGCCAUAACGCCGUCAACAAGUACCUCGUCGGCGCCCUGCUGGUCGUCUGCGGGUUCAAUUGCUGCUUCGCUUCCUUCACCGACAGCUACGUCGACGGCAAUGGGAUGAUACAUUACGGGGUCGCCACGUUUAAAGGGUUCUGGCCGACGUCGGGCGCCGGCGGGAGGGAUUUCUCCGGGUACAGGGUUAGGGUUGGGGAUUUCUUCCAUGCUUUCUUGUCGCUGGUUGUUUUCGCGGUUGUGUCGCUGCUGGAUGGGAAUACGGUUUCUUGUUUCUACCCGGCGUUCGAAUCGCAGGAGAAGGUGUUGCUGAUGGCUCUGCCGCCGGUGAUUGGGGUGGUUUCGAGUGCUGUGUUUGCGAUUUUCCCGAACAAGCGGCGGGGGAUUGGGUACCCGCCGGCGAGCGAUGAGGAUGAUGAUAACAAGAGUUCGUGA